AUGACCAUAAUCAAACCCCUUCCGGCCCAUCUUAACAGCCCCAGCCCUAUCAAAAUUGCUAUUGCCCCAGAAUACCUCAACGUUCCAUAUGAAGUCAAGCAAUGGCAAUUCGGUGACGACCCAGAAACCGGUGCCAAAAGCCCUGUGUUCCUGAAACUCAACGAGAAUGACGUGUUCCUGCCCUGGAAGACCCAAACACCGACUGAUAAAGAGCAGGAUAUUGUGGAUUUUGAGAAGUGGGAGUACUUCUUGUUGACUACCCCGGGGCUGAUGAUGGGACAGCUCAACUGGUAUGGAGCUAUCGGUGCUAUGAUGUUCUUGAAGCAGUUGGAGAAGUCCUCAGGUGAGAAUAUCUUGCCUGGUAAGGUGACUGCUGUUGACUACGAUUUUGAACUGUCGGUGAGCCAAUAUGCCAUUGGAGGUUUGACGCUGGAUAGGUAUCCUGUUAUUGCGAAGUGGGCAAAGACGAUGGCGGAUAGAGAGGAGGUCAAGAAGGCUUAUAGCAAGAUCGAAGGCUCUGCAUAA